CACCGAAAUACUACAAAAUGUAUCGCGUCAAACCAUCUUUUCGGGUUUUAACCAUUUCCCUAUGUGCAACAUGAAUGAAUCACGUCAGGUUCUUAUAUAUGCCGAACUUUUGUCGCGUAUACAAGGGGUAUCUGUCGCAUGCGAGCUGUAUACACCAAGCUCACCCGAUACCAGAGCCGCCGUCUCAUCUGAUGGCUGGUUCUUCACAAUUCACCACGAUGGCGUAGAGACCUCCAUACGUCUCCCUGGACAGGUUGUCUCAGUUCAACAACUACCAAUACAGAGUAUCGGCAAGAAGCGCCUCUCCUGUCGAUUACCUCUUGCCUCAAGUUUAGAGCACCACGCUUUUUCUACGCUGGGGGAACAAAUAGUUCCGUGGUCCGCAACUGAUCUUCAGCCAGAAUCACGUAUUACGUGUCGAAGAUGCCACGCUACCAUUGUUGAACCCGGUGUAAUCAAAGUAUGGAAAGAUUUGCCUAGCGAGAACUGGGCUGAAAUGAUGGAAUUCUGGCAUUGCCAUAAACCUCAUGAUCACGGACACGAUCAUGAUGAUGGUCUUGCUUCUAAAGCGUAUGGUGCAAAUUCUAGGAUAUCCGCCCAACCAGGUGUCGGGUUUGUGGAUCUCUCUUCCUUUCUACUAUCGGAGACAGAUAUCUCUGCGUCUGCUAUAACAAAAGUUCCAUCCCUAUUAGAGUCACGCAAUGAAUCAGAACACCAUGAUGAGGUAACUGAAAAUGGAGAACCGCACAACUCACAGCCAGAAAGCAUAUCCAUUUCCUGUGUAUCCUGUAAGAAUCAAUUAGGAAUACUGAACGAACUAGGAGCCGCCGUUACUCUAUUCAAGUGGCAGGUCUACGUGGAUGAGCAAAUCCCACGAGGCCCUAGUAACUCGCCCAAUCUGGUUCACUGGGUCGGCUCUAUUCUCCUUUCGACGAUAGCCCGCUCCGGUUGUUCAAAAUCCAUCUUGCUGCCAAUGAAACUGAAAGACCAGCCGGCAGAGAGCGUCUCCCAGUCUCUAUUAAACAUCUGGGUAUUCAACAACAUCUCCUUCUCUUCCACGGGGGAAGGAAGGUCGCCCAUCAAGGCUAUAAAGGUGUUUUAUCGCAUGGUUAACCAAGGUGAAGCAGACAAAUUACUUGACUCUAUGACGUCAGAUGUACAAGACAUUACGCUACCGGCUGAGGCAAUCGAAAAGGUAAAGGAUAUCCUGAACAGUAACAACCUUCUAUUACCCCAGAGUGAUCGUCAAUUCAAGGAAUGGAAAGUCAGUCUUCUAGAGAAGUGGGAAGGGAAAGACGGGUGAAUACUACCUAGGUGGUGGCUGAGCUGUGUAAGCUACCGUCUGGACAUGUAUCCUCAUACAAGAUAUUCGCCAUAAUCCAAGUCCUACAGCUACGAUCCCAACAAACUACAGAAAGUAAUCUAAUGAGUCUACUUGGUGAUGGCUCAUAUGUGUACCGAGAUUCAUUCACGCUUAUUUCAUAUGAGACAAGCUUAAGAACCCAAGCAACUCGAACGAAAUGGGUUCAGAACAUAGGGCCGAUUCUUAAGUUAGGUAGUUAACAGCAGCUUAAAGAUUAAUUAGCCAUGUUCACUAAUAUUCAUCACAAAAGAGCAGAUCAUUCUUCCAUUAUCGUAG